AUGGCUGGUGCGCGGAUUUUGGCUUCGAGCGCUCUGCUUCUUCUCUUCAUGCUAACUGGAAGUUCUUUUGCAGAACAGGAAAACCAGAGCCGGUCGGAAGUGGUUUCCAAGCAGCGCUGCGUGGAAGCGAUGGGCGUUUGCAGCAGAGGGGAGGAGAACAAUUGUGUGAAGGAGUUUGGAAACGGCUGGAAACCAGACCCAGAACUAAAAUGCUCGGAAGGACAUUGCUGCGUCCCUGUCAAAGGAAUUCGCCGAAACAUAGAAGGGAAUCCGUCCAACAAGAGAGGGCCGAAAAAUGGUGAAGAAAUCUUAGAAAAUGGAAAAACUGAGUCAAAUACAGCUAAUGGAAAGAAUGAAAGGAAUGUAGGGGAAGGAAAGCCAAAGAAAGCUGAUAUAAACAAUGAAAAGAAGGUAGGACAAAUAAAACAUGCGUCAAAUAAAGCUAAUGGAAAGAAUGACAAGAAUGUAGGGCACAAAACAAAUGGGUCAAAUAAAGCUAAUGGAAAGAAGGACAAGAAGGUAGUGCACAAAACAAAUGGGUCAAAUAAAGCUAAUGGAAAGAAGGACAAGAAGGUAGUGCACAAAACAAAUGGGUCAAAUAAAGCUAAUGGAAAGAAUGACAAGAAUGUAGGGCACAAAACAAAUGGGUCAAAUAAAGCUAAUGGAAAGAAUGACAAGAAGGUAGGGCACAAAACAAAUGGGUCAAAUAAAGCUAAUGGAAAGAAUAACAAGAAUGUAGAGCACAAAACAAAUGGGUCAAAUAAAGCUAAUGGAAAAAAUAACAAGAAUGUAGGGCACAAAACAAAUGGGUCAAAUAAAGCUAAUGGAAAGAAUAACAAGAAUGUAGGGCACAAAACAAAUGGGUCAAAUAAAGCUAAAGGAAAGAAUGACAAGAAGUUGGGGCACAAAACAAAUGGGUCAAAUAAAGCUAAUGGAAAGAAUGACAAGAAUGUAGGGCAAAGGAAACAUGGGUCAAAGAAAGCUAAGGGAAAGAAUGGCAAAAGUGGAGGGCAAAGGAACAACAUAAAGGGUCAAGAAAGCUACAAGAAAGAAUGGCAAAAUGGAGGGCAAAGGAAAUGGGAAAGGCAAAGGAAAUGGUAG